CAGAGUAUUCCGAGAAGCGGUCCCGAACGGUCCUGUGUUUCACUUUCCCUUCAAACGGGGGAACAGUUUUAUCGAGUUAUGCCCAAAAAUGGACUAAAUACGAAAUAUUACCUGUACCAGUUUUCCGACAUGAUCGCGAAUGUGGCUUUUAUCCGAAACAGUGUGGUCAAUUAAGCUGGGUUUCGUUUCGAAAAUAAGUUUCAGUAAAAAUCUGCGCCAGUGAAUGUUCCUGAAGUUUCCAUUUUCCCUGCUAAAUAAGAUGUGUUUGGUGAAUUUGUGACUCAGCAGUGCGAUAGUGGUGUGAGAGUUGGAAAUUAUUUUUGAAUGCAAAACUGUGACUUUCAAUUCCGUCCCCUGUGACGUUGCUGAGAAGUGAUUUUUGAAUUCACGCAUGGAAUCGAAAGCGGAUGUUCCCGUUGUUGCCCGACGACGCCGUAAGGCCGCUCGGCAGCUGCGAGAAUCUACUCCAGAUCCGUCACGAGGUGACGGAGCACUGGAUAGCUAUGGAAGUCAAAGUCAAGCCUCCGAUGAUCAGAGCGGUUCGGAAAACAAAAGCACCGGUCGGAGCACCGUCGAUUCAAGCCCGCAUGGAUCGGUGAAAGGCAGCAAGAGAAGCUUUAUCGAGCGUGCAAUGGAUUACGGCAGCCAUAGAAACAAGAUUCUCAACCGAAAGGACAAGAAGCUCUCGGUUGCCGCACCGAGAAGUCGAUCGGUGCCACGUGACAGUGAGGAGGUGCCAAGCAGUCCGGAGAUAUUCUCGCUGCUGCGUCGUGCCAAGAAGAGUCUAACCUCGCGCAAACCGAAAACUGAUGAUUCCAGCGAUGGUGGCAAGGUUUCCGAUACCGAAGUUCGGAAGCGCCGCGAACGCAUCGAACGGUACCAAACAGAACGGAGCAAGGAAAACGAAACACGCUCCUCCCAACUCCAGGCCAACCUUACCCGGUUCAAUGAGGACCGACGAAAGUUUGAACUGGAGAAGCUUAAAUUCCUCCAGGAGAAGCGAGAGCUGGACCGAAUGAGGCUACGGCGGUUCGAUAAAUAUCGGGAGGAAUUGCUGGAAGAACAACGGAAGAAGCUUCAUGUGGAAUUGCAGAACCGCGAAAAGGAAAACGAACGAUCGAAGAGCAUCGAAGCUCCAGUUUUACCACCAGCUCCGCCAACACGUUCCAAAACUCCGGUUUCGCCGGGGCCGAUCAAAAAAAAGUUACUAAUCAUCCCAAAAACGUCCAGUGCCUCUGCGUCCAGCAGUGAAGAUGAAGGAAACAAUACCAGUGAUGAGGAAAAACUGGCUACAGUUAGAAGAAGAUUUUCACCAAGAAAACCGAAACGGCCAAGGGCGGUAAAAAUCGAACAUGUGAAGGUGACCAAAACUGCAGAGCUGGCAACUUCACCCGAACCGGAGUCCGAACUUCCGUCUGAUUUUCCACCGGAAGCUGAACCAGUUUCUCUAGUUGUGGAACCUGUUUCACCAGUGGCGGAAAAAAUAAUUGUUCCAGAUGUUCGAAUUGAAGAUGAGAUGGUCUUAACUCAGCGAAGGGUAGCGAAAGCAGAUGAUACGGAGCCGAAAGAAAGUGUCGAAAUAUUGAAUCAUAUUGAUAAGGAAGGAGAAAAAGGCGACAAGAACGAAUCGAUUGCUUUAGCAGAGAAGAAGGUCGAAGGACCAAAGGAGAAAAAACGAAGGAGAGCGUUGGUGAUUUACGUUGAGAAGGACGAUGACCAGUUCAGUUGGGCGGAGAUAUUGGAAGAGGUUAAAGACUUUUGGCUAGAUUUCUUAGAUGAUACACCGCUGGAGGUGCAUCGAAUGAGACUGCAAGUAAAUGACUGUUUGUUUUACCUUGGGGUGUUGGUAAUGUUAUGUGGUGUAGGGGGCAUUAUCUUUCGAGUAACUGAAGGGACUUUUGAGUCACAGUACAAGUGUGGUGUGAAACGAGUAAAGCGGGAUUUCAUCGAUCAUCUCUGGCUUUCCAGUCAUAAUCAGAAGGAAGAAGACUGGAAACAAACUGCAAGGGUCAGACUGAGGAAAUUUGAAGAAGAGCUGCAGGUGGCAUUUGAGGCCGGCAUGAAAACCUACAGCGGUAACACUGCGUGGAAUUUUGUCAACGGUGUAAUCUAUUCCUUGACUGUGGUUUCAACUAUUGGUUAUGGGCACAUAUCACCUUCAACAACGACAGGUAGAGCAUUAACGAUCAUUUACGCCAUCAUUGGGAUACCGAUUUUUCUGAUAGUACUGGCUGAUUUCGGAAAACUUUUCACGCGAGGAAUAAAAUUCCUGUGGUCAUACGUUCGGCGGGUAUACUACACUGGCUCGUUCCGAAAAGUUAGGAAAACAGCGCAAGUUAAGGAGGUGAUGAAGGGUCUAAACGUAGUCUAUGACAUGGUUCGCCGUCCCAGUGGAGAUAACGAGCUUCAACCAACCGAGACAAAGGCUGCAGAUCCUGCCGAACCAUCAACUUCGGCUGAAAUUCCCCCAACCUGUGAAUCUCCUACGACUCCUCUUCCAGAAACCUUCGAAAUUGACGAUGAAUUCAAUCUUCCGAUCUCGGUCGCUAUUUUCAUCCUAGUUGCAUAUAUGCUAUUUGGCGCCACCAUCUACUUCACCUGGGAGAACUGGUCAUUCUUCGAAGCCUUUUACUUUGUGUUCAUCUCCAUCUCCACCAUUGGUUUCGGUGAUUUUGUUCCGCAGCAUCCGAUCUACAUGAUGUGCAGUAUCCUCUACCUAAUCUUCGGCCUCGCGUUGACCUCGAUGUGUAUCAAUGUGGUCCAGCUGAAAUUGAGCGACAGCUUCCGACAAGCUAGUGCCAAAAUAGGAGCCACUAUCGGACUGCAAAUGGCGGAGGCAGCCUCUUUGCAGCAAUCCCAAAUUCAUACUCCCGUAGAAUUGUCAGCGGUUCAUACGACUACACCUUCUGCCAACGGUGCUCAGCAAUCUCCGAAUGGAGAAGCGACCAUGCUUUCAGUGCCUUCCGAGCGAGUCAGCAUAUCGGGUGUUAACAAAGAUGACAAAAGGAAUUAGUCGUUCGUUAAGAGUAAAAACAAGGCCCAUGACUGACGUUUGAAGCAUAUAGUGCCUAAAGCUUGAAGCUGACGUCGUAGAUAUUAAGGUUAUUUUUUCAUUUAAACGCAACAGUGUCACGCAUAAUCGUCAAGCUUCCCGAGAAGGGUGCUGCGCAAUUUAAAGCUGCAUAUCGAAUAUCAAGCGUAUAUUUAUCUUAGUAUGUAAGAAGUAACAAUACCAAAAAGUUAUUGAAUAUGAUUUUAUGAAUAUUCCUUUUUAAAGAUUAGUCCUACAAGUCCAUCUCUUUGCCAACUAAUCUCAUGAGAGUUGGUUUGAAUUCGAUUAUAAAAUAACGUAUAAGAGUAGCAACUAAAUCGUGAUUGAAGCUUUCUGAAAUAAGUGACCGUGGCUUUUUGAAGCAAGAUUUGACAACUGUUCUUAAUUGUGUUUUAAAAAUACCUUUGAAUAAAAGAAUAAAACAUUCAGAUUGUGAAACAACGGAGUUUGU